AUGACUUGGAAGAAUUUUCCAGAAAUUACAGACGCAUUCCUCGUAUUUGCAGAAGGACCAGACGAUGUUUUUGGGAGAUUUAUUGUGCUGUUAUAUGACAGAACCAGCAGUUUUGAGAAGGUUUCGAUCAGCAACAUGAUCACUUAUGUCCUGAACCAUGUCUUUGAUAUGUUUAACACUCCAACUCAUGUUAUUUUACUGUUGUUGGUGUUUAUCAUAACAUAUGGAUUGUUCAGUUUACGCAAACCAUCUGGAUUUCCACCUGGACCAAUUGGAUAUCCGUUUAUUGGCAAUAUGAUUGAAGUGGAUAAUGAACCUCUAGUAACUCUUGCGAAAUAUGGUAAGAAAUAUGGAGAUAUUUUUACAAUCAAGAUUGGCGGUCAGCCUGUGAUUGUACUCAACACAAUAGACGUCAUUAAAGAAGCAUUGGUGAAGAAACAGAACGAUUUUGCUGGACGUCCAUACUACUAUUCAUUGUCAGGUUUAAUGGCAGAAGAGUGUGAAGACAUAACAUUUGGUAACUUCACUGCUAAGUGGAAGCUGCAACGAAAAAUAGGACAUCAAGCCAUUAGAAACUAUGCAAGUGGAGACAAACUAGAAUCACUGAUACGGUAUAACGCCUUUCCCAGUUUCCAGAGAGCUGUCGCAAGAGAAAAUGGAAAACCAUUUCGUCCUCAUUCACUAAUUUAUCUGCUUGUGGGGAACAUCAUUCUUUCCAUGUGUUUGGGGAAGAAAUUCGAAAAUGACGAUCCUGAAUUUUUAAAGAUUCUCGAAGUUCUGAAUAACCUGGAUCAAGCUAUUGGGAAUGGACUCGUCGCUGACUUUGUUCCAAUAUUUCGUUACAUACCUACGCCUGGUGUCAACAGAUUAAAGAAAGUUCUGAAAGAGUGGUUCAACAUAAUUCAACAUCAGGUCAAUGAAAGUAAAGGCAAAUUGGAAUCAGGUAAUAAUGACGUGAAAAGUCUCAUCGACGAUCUCGUAUCAAUUCAGCGUAAAGCAGAGUUGGCCGGAGAGAACAUUGCCAAGCAACUUACAGACGUUAAUCUACGUCAGACCCUUGCCGAUCUAGUUGGAGGUGGAUACGCAAUACCAAAGGAUACAUGGAUUUGGUGUAACCUGUGGAAUGUUCAUAUGGAUGAGAAACAUUGGGACAAACCAGAACAGUUUCGUCCAGAACGAUUCUUGGAUGCAGAUGGAGCAUUGCUGCCUCAUCCGGACAGUUUCAUUCCGUUUUCAGCAGGACGCAGAGUGUGUAUGGGAGAAGCAUUGGCUAAGAAUGAAUUAUUUCUCAUUUUCACGAGUUUGUUUCAAAACUACACAUUCAAGGUACCACCUGGGAGCAAGAAGCCGUGCUUAAAGGGACACUGCGCUGGUUUGGUCUUACGAUGCGGUUCGUAUGAAGUUAUUGCCGUUGAAAGAAGCAAAUGA